GGAUAACACUUUGUCAUUCAACUUGUCAACCACAUUAUGUGUCUCCCAGCAACACAUGAUACUUCCGACCGUGGUUCUUGUGAAGCCUUCCGAGAAGUCUCAAAGCCACUGCAAACCAUGCAAGAAUGCAUUGAACGCAUCGACUAUACAUCCCCACCGGUAAAAAAACGCCAAAGCCGUCAAAUGUUCUCGCGUAAUGGAAGAGUUUCCCGUCUUCGAACCCCGUCGCCCAACAGACAUUCGCCCUCACCUCCGGUCGUCGUACAUCGCGAAGCGCUUCGCAACCACGAGAAUGGCACGAUCCGUAAAUCAUUGGAAUCCCUCAAGGAGCAAAGCUUUAUUGCUGCCAUGUAAAACUAUGUUCCUGAUGAUUUCAGACCACCCGAACCGAUGCCUAUCCGCCCGGACCAUUCUCUCCGGUUAUAUUAGGAGAGAAGAGCCACGAGAGAGCUGCGAGACGGCGAUGCUGUCCGCAAUGAGUAACACAUGUUUCUUGGCGGUGAACAGUGGUGUUGUCAAGAGACCUAAUGGUCAUCUGCAAAGGGGUCAUGGUAAAGCCCCAUCUCGGGGCACUGAAACCGCACCCCAAACUACCCAGUGCGGAGGAGCGAAAAUUGCGAGCAAGGAUGACACAUCCACACUCCAGGUUUGACUGCUUCUGCGGUUAGAGCAUGAUCGGUAAAAAGGAUAGACGAACAAGGAAACCCCUCCAGCGACUACGGAUAUACGCCGGGACUGCAAGAAGAUACGGCAUUGUACAGUGCAUGAACGCAAAACGAAGACGAGCCGAGGCCUCGAGAAGAAUUGGAAGUUCGGCUAGCCGGUCACUGGUCUGGGUCAGGUUCUCUGGACUAUGCGAU